GGGGGCCUCUCGACAUAGACUUGCAAGUUGCAGUUCUGCGGCAUUAACGUUCACGUCCAUCUACUGACCAGCUGUGUGCUUCUGGUCGACUUUGUUUUAUGAAGUCUCACGAACCAGUACAAGCUCUUCGGACAAGAAAUUCAUGUUCGACUUUGUGGGUACUCUGGGUCUCCCUGUGGCCCGUAGAAGGGCAUGAUUCCGCUGCUGACGACCUGGAUAAUUCUUCUGACGUGAAUGCCCUCCUCUCAUGCGCCGCUCAAAGAAGGCUGAUGAGUCUUCCAUCCAAUCAUACUCGUCAAAAUCAUCUUCACUAGCAUCGUCUCCGUCCUUUGAAGAGAGUCAAAACUGCCUUGCUCUCAAAAAAGACGCGCUCAUCGUCAUCAUCGCUCGAACCAUCAGUAAUUGAUGUCAAUGUCAUUGACACGGCGAUGAAAUCUGACAACGAAGGUGUUUUCACAAGCACGACAACUUUUACACUUCACACGCAACCGGUUGUCUCCAGCUUCCAUUCCUGCUUUCUUAUGCCUUGGCUCCUGGUCUCGCCAUGAUCUCAUAGAUACGCAGGACUUCCUUAGGGUGGUGACGAAGACGAAGAAGAGGAAGCACAGUAGUUCUACUUAAGUUACUUGUGUAUACAAAGAUCUCUCAAAUACUGUAUGACCCGCGGGUCUGUGAACAAA